AUGGCGAGUGUUAUCACACUCAAAACAGCUCUGGGAGGACGUGGUGGCUGUGACUGGCUCGGGUCAGAUGCUUUGAAAAGAGGAUGGUUAGAAGGGUGCAGAAGGAUCAUAGGAUUUGAUGGUUGUUUUCUAAAGGGAAUCUGCAAGGGUGAGUUACUUGUUGCAGUUGGUAGAAAUGGGAACAAUCAAAUGUUUCCUAUUGCAUGGGUUGUAGUUGAUCAAGAGGCAAAACACUCUUGGAGCUGGUUCAUCACAUAUUUAAUUGCAGAUUUACAGUUAGGAGAUGGUGUUGGCUUAACUGUUAUAUCAGAUAUGCAAAAAGGACUAGUACCAACUAUAAGGAAAUUACUACCAAUGGUAGAACACGGAGGUGAAGAAAAGAGGAAACAAUUCUGGAUAUGUCCCAAAGCAUCUUAUGAAGAGAAAUUCAAGGAAGAACUGGAAGCAAUGAAUAAGCUUGGUUAUAAGAUAUGUGAAGACUUGUUAAAGUAUGAUAAAGAAUAUUGGUGUAGGGCAUACUUUAGAGAAGAUUCAAAGUGUGAUGUCAUUGAGAAUAACAUGUGUGAAACAUUCAAUUCUUGGAUAGUAGGUCCUAGGCACAAGUCUGUUAUAACUAUGUUGGAAGAAAUUAGACACAAAAUCAUGAAAAGGACCACUGAAAUGAGGAAGUUUGCUGAGACUUGGGUUAUUGACAUUGCAUCAAUGGCUAGGAUAAUACUGAAAGAGAACAAAGCCCUCUCUAGGAGGUGUAAGGUUAUGUGA